AUGGAGUUACUUGUUCUUCAGAAGGUGACAUCGAACUUACCGUCGGUGCAAAUACCCAUGGCACACUGGAAAAUACCAGAGAAUAUCCAACUCGCCGAUCCAAACUUCAACGUCAGUAAUCGGAUCGAUCUUCUGAUUGGAGCAGAGCAUUUCUAUCGAUUCUUAUUCGAAGGAGAUAAAAAGAGGAUUACGCUGGGUCCGGGGCUGCCUAUGCUGAUCAAUUCAGUUUUUGGUUGGAUAGUUACGGGGAAAGUUUCCGAAACUCAGAGGACGGCAGUAAGUUGCUGUGUAGCGGCGGCUCCUGACAAUUUGCAAGCACAGUUGUGCAAGUUCUGGGAGAUCGAGUGCAAUGAGGAGCGGUUACCUUGGACAAAGGAGGAACAUGACAGUGAAGAGCAUUUCGUACGGACUUUCAGUCGCACGGAGGACGGUCGAUAUGUAGUACGGCUACCGAAACACGUGAACAUCGAGCAAAUGUUGGGUGAAUCUCGUGCGAUGGCUUUAUCAAGAUAUCGAAAAUUGGAGCAACAGCUGGGAUGGAAUACAGACAAGCGUCUGCAAUACAAUGCAUUCAUGCAAGAAUAUCUGGAUCUAGGUCAUAUGAGGGAGGUCAGUCCAGAGGAACUCCUGAAAGAGACAGCAGCGGCAAGCUCUAGAAAGGUCUACUACUUGCCGCAUCACGCAGUGCUGAAAGAAUCAAGCACUACAACAAAGGUUCGCGUUGUUUUUGACGGAUCAGCCAGCACGGACAGUGGCUAUUCAUUGAACGACGCUCUUCUAAAGGGUCCCAUAGUUCAAGAUGAACUUCUAAGCCUGCUUGUUCGGUUUCGGAAGUACGAGGUGGCAUUAGUUGCAGAUAUUGAAAAGAUGUACAGGCAGGUGCAAGUACAUGCGGAAGACACCAGAUUGCAGCGCAUCUUCUUCCGAUUUUCUCCGGACGAACAGGUUAAGGUUUUUGAGCUUUCAACGGUAACUUAUGGCUUAACGCCUUCUUCAUUCUUGGCGAUUCGUGCUCUGCAUCAACUAGCAGCCGAUGAAGGAGCAGAUUAUCCAGAUGCCGUUGUAGCUAUACUUCACGAUUUUUAUGUAGAUGACUACAUCGGUGGAGCAUCCAGCAUAGACGAGGCAAUCCAACUCCAAAGAAACCUCGAUAUGCUGAUGAUGAAAGGCCGUUUUGCUUUGCGCAAAUGGUGUUCCAAUCGGUCAGAAGUUCUGGCAGGCAUACCGACAGAGCAACUUGGAACCAACUUAUCGCUUUCUUUCGAAAUAGGCCCGGACGAGAAGGUGAAGGCCUUAGGAAUCACCUGGGAGCCCGGGACAGAUCAACUACGAUUUUUUUAUGACAUCAUAGACAACGAUCAAGCUUGGACGAGAAGAAGCAUCCUGUCUUCGAUAGCCAAGCUCUUCGAUCCACUGGGAUUGAUAUCGCCGGUGAUCGUUUCUGCAAAAAUAAUGAUGCAAGAGCUUGCUUUGCUCAAUACAGGAUGGGAUGCAGCAGUUCCCGUCGAUAUUAACGAAAAAUGGAAGCAGUUUCACGCGCAACUAGGUGAUAUUUCUGAAUUGCGGAUCAGCAGGUUCGCUUUUGUUUCUAAUUGGACUGAUAUUCAAUUCCACUGCUUCGCUGAUGCUUCUAUCCUAGCCUACGGUGCAUGUUUAUACGUCCGCACGACGAAUGCAGCGGGAAGCGUACGGAUCGAGCUGCUCUCUUCGAAAUCGCGCGUUGCGCCGCUCAAGAGACUGACAUUGCCGAGGCUGGAACUUUGCGCAGCUAAGGAAGCUGCGUUUCUACACAUGAAAGUGACUAAAUCUCUCUCAAUGCAAGAUGUACAAUCUUUUUUCUGGUCCGACAGUACAAUCGUGCUGCACUGGUUACGAGCCCCGCCAAAUUCUUGGCAAACUUUCGUGGCCAAUAGAGUUUCGACGAUUCAAACCACCACCUACCCACAUUCUUGGCGUCAUGUAGCAGGGAAGGAGAAUCCUGCCGAUUUGGUAUCACGGGGAAUGGCGGUCAGCGAUUUUCUUAAUAGUCAAUUGUGGAAACAAGGGCCCACAUGGCUGCGUAACGACGAGGAAGAAUGGCCUAAUUCUGUUUUCGAAUCAAUCCAACGCCAAUCCAACAGCCCAUGGGGCAGCUACCGGCGGGCCGCGUUCGUCCAGGACGCCCAUUUCUGA